CUAAUGCAAGGUUCUCUUUCCUCUGAGUAGGAAAAUGCCCAGAUCAUCAGAGAAGUGGAAGUGGACAAGCUCUCCAUGCUCUCCAGGGAGCAGGUGGAGGCCAUCAAGCAGCUCUGGCAAGAUCCGGGCAUCCAGGAGUGUUACGACAGGAGGAGGGAGUACCAGCUGUCAGACUCUGCCAAAUAUUACCUGACUGACAUCGAUCGCAUCGCCAUGCAGUCAUUCGUACCCACUCAGCAAGACGUGCUUCGUGUCCGAGUGCCCACCACCGGCAUCACUGAGUAUCCGUUUGACUUGGAAAACAUCAUCUUCCGGAUGGUGGACGUUGGUGGCCAACGAUCUGAAAGGCGGAAAUGGAUUCACUGCUUUGAGAGUGUCACCUCCAUAAUUUUCUUGGUUGCUCUGAGCGAAUAUGACCAAGUCCUGGCUGAGUGUCACAAUGAGAACCGCAUGGAAGAGAGCAAAGCCUUAUUUAAAACCAUCAUCACCUACCCCUGGUUUCUGAAUUCAUCUGUGAUUUUAUUCUUGAACAAGAAGGAUCUUUUGGAAGAGAAAAUCAUGUAUUCUCAUCUAAUUAGCUACUUCCCAGAAUACACAGGACCGAAGCAGGAUGUCAAAGCUGCCAGAGACUUUAUCCUGAAACUUUACCAAGAUCAGAAUCCUGACAAACAGAAAGUCAUCUACUCUCACUUCACAUGUGCUACAGAUACAGAGAAUAUUCGCUUUGUGUUUGCGGCUGUCAAAGACACAAUUCUACAGCUGAACCUAAGGGAAUUCAACCUGGUUUAAAAGCGGCUGCCCACCCCUCCCCCACAGCAGAAGACAUGAUUUUCAAACUCCUCGUUUGAUUUGCAAGUGCUCUGACAUCACCAAGCCAGCCCGUGCCAGGCAGUAAGGACGUCAUGCAGGUUGUGGGGACAGAGAUGGGUGAUGAAACUUGGAAGAUAUUUGAGUUUAUCAAAAUACUUUAAAAAUCCUUAUGUCCCAAAUUGUCUUUAUAAGUAUUUUCUGGACUUUUGGCUUUAAGAUUUUGUGCAGUUUUCAAAUUUGGUGUUUUCUAGAAUUUUUAAAGACCACUCUGAUUUAGUUUUAAAUUUUAAAUGUUUAAAAAUAGCUAUUAAAAUUAUGUAAGCAAGGAGCCUGUUAGUUUAUAGAUUAUGCCUUGAAACCUCUGGAGUUGAUUUGGGUGACUUUUUAAAAAUAAGAAGGUUAAUGCGUUUGAAGCUUUUAAUUAACUCUUGUAAUUUAGAGACAUUUUUGUUUCUCACCUAAUGCUGAAGUGUGACUCCUUUAACAUGCCACCAAAGAUUUUUUAAAAAACAGUUCGUUCUCUUUGUGUGUGAACUCUCUAAGUCAGAUGGAUAUAUAACUAUAUCUAAUUUAACUUUGCCACAAUUUGAUCACCAUGAAGGCAAAGCUGACAUGUAGUAAAUGGGCUCUAAAUAGCAUAUAUGUUGUACUGGUGAAAAGUGUGUAUAUGUGUGCGUGUAUAUAUACAUUUUUAUUCCCAAUGUAUAUGACCAGGUCUUGUAAACGUAUGCAAUGGCUAAAA